AUGCCAAGCCCCGUUCCCGCGUCCACUUCCGCUCAACCAAGUUCAUCCACCAAAUGCCAUUGCGAUAACUACACCCUACAACCCUCGCUUUACCGCGCCUCAAUGGCUCCAAGAUUGCGCAGCGCGCUCACAAAGAGCCUGUCGCGUCCACUGGAUAGUAGCGCCGUCUUUUACUGUCCCUCGUGCGCAAUCUGGCGACGAACCUUGUCCACGCGCGCCAACAUUAAUCGCAGCAUCGAGAAGCCCGACACCUCUCGACAGGUCACUAGAGCUCAAAACAUUAUCACAGCAUCGGCUUCCCGAACAUUCACCACGUCCUCCAUUAUCACUGCAAAGAGCGUGCCGCCGCGGUUCAAGGAGCUGCAUGCCGCCCUCGAGGAAGUGAAAGAUGCCGCCCUGGAACAGGUGAAUCUCAGUCGGCUGCAAUUUGCACUGCGGGGAUUGGAGUCCGAAACGCCUCUUAUUAGAGUAGCUGUUCUUGGAUUGAACGAUGCGACCUCUGCGCGCAAACUUGUUCGACUACUAUUUGCCGACCCAUUGGCACCGCGAGAAGGCUGGGAAGACAUUCUCGAGUCGUACGAUGCCGACUCAUCCCGAGGGCUGCUGAUCCGAUAUGGCGAAAUCUCACAAUCCAUCCCCAAUGACCUGCUACCGACAAUAUCAGUGCCAUCGCCUAUUCUGAGAGACGGCAACUUAGAGAUCCUAGUCAGCACCCUAGGCUCUGAGCCGGACAACCACACCGCUACGUUCCACGCCGACACUUUCCUCGUCCCCACAGUUACCAUCCAAACCUCGCACUCCGGUCGGCAUAAUGUUGUUCGGUAUCCCGUACACCACACGAUCGUAUGCGGACGUGGAGUGGAUGGCCUGCUGUCGUACAGCACAAUGAUCGGUCGAUCCGACCUGAAGAACGAGGCCUCUUCAGUGCGCGGCGCCAUUGAACUUGCAGUGGCAGACCAAAAAUCCACAAACGAGCGACUGUCCCUGGUAGAUGUCGACCGUGCUAGCACAGCACUGGAUAAAUUCCGUGAAUCCGUCCACAACGCUUCCGACUACGAACGUGGGUGGAAUGGCAGUGGCGUGCAACCUCUCAUCGAUUGGCUUUCAACCUUCUCCGAGACAUCGACUGGAAACGCGUUGAAUCCGGCAUUGGUCCCUCUAGUGGAGUCCCUUAUUGACGCAGCCGACGCUAGUGUAACCGUCAGAGACGCCAAGGCACUCCAUGAUCAAACCGCCGGUGUAGCCCCUGCAGAGAUUCGGUCUAAUUUGGACCGGGCCGUGACUACCUGGGCAGAGCGUGCUCACUCCGAGCUCCGCAGCUCCCUCGAUGCAGGGCUAGCCAGUCCACGCUGGCGCGGUCUUGCAUGGUGGAAACUCUUCUGGCGCGUUGAUGAUGUGAGCAUGAUUACAUCUGAAAUCUUAGAAAGGAAAUUCCUUCGUCGGGCGGAGAAGGAGGUCAUCUGGACCGUGGGCAAGUACCAGCAGGCCGGCCUGUUGGAAGAGCCUACGCCUUCAAUCCCUGACUCCGCGAAGGACUCUGUUAUGCCUCCCUGGCCAACCCAGAUCCCUGACCUUCGCACUAGGCUCCUUACCAGCACAGUGCCAUCCCUUCAAGCCCUCGCACAGAGUCUGGUGCUUUUCAGCGUGUCUACCACGACUCUAACUUCUGCUCUCUCCGCUCUAACCUAUGUGGCUAUUCCAUCAGCCGGCGUGUACGAGUCAUGUACCCUUGGCGCCGUGGGUUUGAUAUACUCUAUGCGUCGCCAGCAAAAGAGGUGGGAUGUCGCCCGUACUUUCUGGGAGGAGGAGGUCCGUGAGGAGGGACGCACCUCGCUCUUGGAAACUGAAGCUGCUCUUCGCGGUAUCGUGCGGGAUGGCGGCAAGACUGUUCAGGAUCUGUCUGAAAGUCGGGCACGAAAGUCCGUUGCCAGAGCGAGACAGGCUUUGGAGGAGGUGAAGGCGUAG